CUGGGUGGACUCUCUCGUCGUUCAUUCAGUCCCAGUCACUAAUCUCACGUAUCUGCUUCUCACCUCAUUACCAAUUGCUCUAGCAUCGAACAAAAAGGCGAGUCUAUCCACGAAAUACCGAAAGCAGGAGCAUACCUGAUAGGACGAUUCAUUUUGCCAUGGCUAACCCCCGGACAGUCAUUAAUCCCUUUACCAAGAAUGAACACCGCAUGAGGCGUAACACUAAAAGCACUAAAUGGAUCACAGCUGGCCCUUCAACAACAGCUGCAAGAAACAUUGAUGUUGAAAAUCAAACCUCGAAACGCAUUUUUCGAGAAAUUAUCUCGCCGAGCAGCGUCGAAGAUACUUCUGUUAGGCGGCACGAGCCGCUGUCAAUAAUAAAUGAUUUCAAAACAACGCCACUAGAGUCUACUGCAGUUCGUACUAAUGUCUCAAAUCGGGACACUCCCACCAACAGUUCAUGGCAGAAACAGGAUUUACACCAGUCGUAUGUUACGGGUUCGGCUACAUGCUCGAAGCACGUACACGCUCAGCCGCAAGCUACCGAACAUUCAACGCCGUUGUUCCGCGCCGCUAAGGAGAUCUACCAAGCAGGUCCUAAGGGCGAGGGGCAGAAAGUGUGGGAAGCGUAUCAGCAGGCACGAAAUCAUAGACGAGCUAACGAUGAACCAUCUCAGAACAUGUCAUCUGAACCAACGACUAGGAAAAUAAAUACAGCAUGCCUACCUCUUCCAUCAUCAACAAGCCCCAAUGAAGCACUCUUCCCACCACUACGACCACGAACACCACAAAAUCAAAGCGGACGCAAAGAAAAGGAAUCUGGGAGUCCGGAUCUGAGAAGAGACUCCGGCUUCUCCAGCUCGAGCUAUGACGUGCCUGUAGCUAUUCAUAAGCAUGUACAACGCAUUGUCGAUUUGAACAAACCUCUUCCUCCUGUUCCACCGAUACAAGCGCCUCCAAAGGUACGAAAUCCCAAGGACAGAACAUCACGAGAUGCUCAACAGUGCACUGAGAAAGAGACGGCCCAUACGUGGUGGAAGCAUUCGCCUUCUAAGGCACCUCAAACCUUGAAGUCCAAGAUCUCUCAUCCUGGUCCACUAAUGAUAUUGGGCGAAGGUAUCGCAGUUAAUGUCGCUGCAGAGUGCGGUGGAGUUGGCGGACCUGCAGCUGCCGUGUCACUUCCCGUUACGCGCACCGGCGCUCCACUUGUAGGUCCUGCGUACGAAGCUGGUAAGUCAUUCAAGCAAACGGCGAUGGAGACUCUAGACGGUGUACAUGUAGGGAAGAAGAGAAAAACUUCGGAUAUCAGCUUCGCGUGCCAAGGAGUCGCAAACGAACAGCUGGACAGGUAUCAAGUCAGCGAACAGUCAUCGAGCGAUGAGGAGGAUGUGUUGGUUCCUGAUCCGCUUUUUUACGCUAAAAAUGCCGGAAUGGACAGGAAGUUCAGUUAG